UUUUGUAAAUCAUAGUGGGUAAUUUGUAAUUAAACUAGUAAUACCAUUUUGCGUUUAAGAUCUGUUUAGUGUUUAGAUUAUAAUAUAUCUAGUGAAGUUUUAUGUAUUUAUUAAAUCAAUAUUGUGUAGUCCAUUAUGUCUAUAAUAAUAAAAUUGUCAGUUGUUCUGUGAUUAACAAAAUCUCAAUAUAGAAACUACCUACAUCAAUUUCUGCAAAACUUUACUACACUUCUGAAUCGAGUUACAUCGAAUAGCUUAGAUUUUGAGAUAUUUAUUUCAUAGAUAAGUAUAGCUAUGUUAAGCAGUUGGACCAAACAUUUGCUUCAUUGUACCUUAUUGGUGUUUGUAAUAUCAGCAUUUGAAAUCUGGUCAGGAGGAGUUAAACUAUCAGCAGAUGUUCAAAAUACUUUUAAUUUUAAUGCAUGGGAACGCUAUGGUUUUUUUUGGUGCUCUAUGUUGUAUCUAUUACGAUGUUUGACCUUCUUACCAUUACCACAAGUACUAUUAAAUUUUGGCGGUCUUACACUGUACAAUGCUUUUCAAGACAAAGUUGUACUAAAAGGGUCACCUUUGUUGGCUCCAUUUAUAUGCAUACGUAUAGUCACAAGAGGAGAUUAUCCUCAGUUAGUCAAAGCUAAUGUAGCCCGUAAUAUGGCUCGAUGUUUAGAAACUGGAUUGGAAAAUUUCAUUAUUGAAGUAGUGACAGAUAAAAGUGUUGGACUUCCUGUACAUAGGCGUAUAAGGGAGGUAGUUGUUCCAAAAUCAUAUAAAACAAAGACUGGCGCACUUUUCAAAUCAAGAGCUCUUCAAUUUUGUUUGGAAGACAAUGUAAAUAUUUUGGCAGAUUGCGAUUGGGUUGUACAUUUAGAUGAAGAAACCCUAUUAACAGAAAAUUCAAUUAGAGGUGUAUUGAAUUUUGUUUUGGAUGGUAAACAUCAAUUUGGCCAGGGUCUUAUUACAUAUGCAAACGAAGAAGUAGUAAAUUGGUUCACAACCUUAGCAGAUAGUUUCAGAGUAGCUGAUGAUAUGGGUAAACUUCGAAUUCAACUCUCAAUGUUCCAUAAGCCACUUCUUAGUUGGAAAGGAUCUUAUGUUGUCACCCAAUUGGGUGCAGAGCGUCAUAUUUCAUUUGAUAAUGGUUUAGAUGGAUCAAUAGCAGAAGAUUGUUUUUUUGCCAUGCGAGCUGCUAAAGAAGGCUAUACAUUCAAUUUUGUUGAAGGAGAAAUGUGGGAAAAAUCACCAUUUUCACUUUGGGAUUUCAUCCAACAACGUAAACGUUGGCUUCAAGGUAUUCUAUUAGUUGUCCAUUCAAAGGCUAUACCUUCAAAAACAAAAAUUUGGUUAGCUUUAUCAUGUUAUUCAUGGGUGACAUUGCCGCUGUCAACUUCUAAUUUAGUUUUAGCUAGAUACUUUCCAAUUCCAUGUCCAGCAAUCAUGGAUUUUGUUUGUGCAUUUAUAGCUGGAGUCAAUAUAUAUAUGUACAUAUUUGGUGUAAUGAAAUCUUUUUCAUUAUAUCGUUUUGGUGUUCUAAAAUUUACGUUAUGCAUUAUAGGAGCACUGUGUACUAUACCUUUUAAUGUUAUAAUUGAAAAUGUAGCAGUUAUAUGGGGCCUUUUUGGCAAUAAGUACAAAUUUUAUGUUGUACAUAAGGAAAUCAAACCACUUGUCACUGUGUAAAUAACUGUCAGUAAUGUGUUCAUUUGCAUUGGAUCUGAUUUUUGGGAGGGAAAGACUAUCUUGCCAUUUAAAAAUAAAGCAGAUGAAUAAUACAUAUAUGUAUGUAUCAUUGAAAACUAUGGUUUACUAUAAUUUUUGAA